AUGAGUGAAGUUGAAUAUCUAUCCGCUUCUUCGAAAAGAAGUACGAGAUUACGACUCUCGCAGCAUAAAAUAGUGUUCGACCCUCAUUCAAAUGUGGAGGCAGCAUUAGAGGAAAAGGGUCCCUCUGCGAGAGUUGCAGCUAGACAUGGUGAUUGUGUUCAGAGGCCGUACAUUUUGGCAUUGGUUAGAGACUUCUCUCGAUUCCGUAAAGUGUAUCUUUUCAGGAUAGACCAUAAGGUUAUUGGCUUAUGUCUGUGCUGGUACCUGGCAUCGUCCAUUUCAAGCAAUGUAUCCAAGGUAAUUCUGAAACAGUUUAAACAUCCAGUGGCAUUGACCGAAAUUCAAUUCCUAUUGAGCGCUGCUCUAUGCCUCUCCUUUGUCUCGCUAGUUAACUUGGUUCAGGAUCCUAAAUACCGGCAAUCAUUUAUUUCUCAAUCAAUGGGCAACUUCCCAAAGGGUAUGUUACCCAACUACCUUGACGGCGACUUCAAGCACUCAAUUAUGGGAAAAUUCUUGAGUCCCUCGACCCUUUUGCUAACGACGACGUUUCCGCUGGGUAUUUUCCAGUUUUUGGGACACCUCAUGACACACAAAGCCACAGCAUUGAUCCCAAUAAGUUUAGUGCACUCUGUAAAGGCUGUUUCACCCAUUGCAACAGUACUGUAUUACAGAUUCGUUACAAAGAAAAAUUUCAAUAAAAUGACAUAUUAUACCUUACUGUUACUCAUUAGUGGUGUUACUUUAACUUGCUGGGCCACUAGCACCCAAAACAAAACGAAAACAGUAUCGGAACCCAGCGCAAGCAUAUUCUUUGGACUAUUUUUUGCAUUUAUGUCUAUGGCGAUUUUUGUCACGCAGAAUAUAUUUGCUAAGGGUAUGUUGACAGUCUCAGAGGAUAAGAAUGGCAUACUGUCCGGUCCCAACACGAGUAAAGUUGCUCAAACAGUGGGGGGACGGAUAUUUUCUCCUGUUCAACUUGACAAAAUCACAAUUCUCUUUUAUUGCUCCUGCAUUGGGUUUUUACUCACUUUAUUCCCAUUCUUAACCAACGAACUAUAUCACGGAACGAAAGUAAUUAACGAUUUAACCUGGAGGGUUAUAGGUCUCAUUCUAUUCCACAGUGUGAUGCAUUUUGUGCAGGCGAUGCUGGCAUUCCAAUUGAUCGGUACGCUAUCAUCGUUGAAUUAUUCAGUGGCUAAUAUUAUCAAGAGGAUAGUCACAAUAGUUGUCGCUGUAGUAUGGGAAUCUAAGGUGAAUUGUUUACAGUUCCUUGGUCUUCUGAUGACACUAACAGGUUUAUACGGCUAUGACAAAUGGGGGAAGUCUCGGAAAUAG